AUGGCAAUUCCACCUGGGCCACGAUAUAUCUUCACACUCAUCCCGUUCUUGCUGGGACCUCCCGCUGUGGUUUACGGCGGAUUCAAGUUUUCCAACGCCUUUUUUGGUCUGACGGUGUCGUCCUGGUUCACGACCAUUGCUGUUGUACUGGCGCGACCCGUUCUCUCGAUUUUCGAACGGUACUUCACUCGGUACAUGGACAGGACGUCUGCGGCUGCCAGCAACGCCUUCAUCGUACCCCAUGUCGAGGAGAAACGGCCUGGCUUCGCCGGUUUAUCGAUUAUGGCGGCUCUUGUUAAGGAUCUCAAGAAUGGGUAUCCGGGUGAUAUGUUCCUCCCGUGGAUGGAAAAAUACGGGAACGUCUUCCAGCUCAGGCUCAUCUCCGACAACAGGGUUAUCACCUUCGAACCUGAUCAUAUCAAGUCUAUUCUUGCAACUCAGUUUGAUGCAUUUGACAAAGGUCCGUUCCUGUACAAACAGUUGCAUUCGCUGCUCGGUACGGGCGUGUUUAACUCCGAUGGCGACAUGUGGAAGUUUCACCGUUCCAUGACACGGCCUUUCUUCUCACGAGAGCGAAUUAGCCACUUCGAUAUAUUCGAGGCCCAUGCCGAUAAUGCUCUGAAGCAAGCUGCGAACAGACUGGCUGAAGGGUAUCCCAUUGAUUUCCAGGACCUUGUUUCCCGUUUUACGCUUGACUCAGCGACGGAGUUUCUCUUCGGGAACGACGUACAAUCUUUAUCUGCUGGUAUACCCUACCCGCCUGCAUGGGCUCAUCUGAACACGGAGACGUUCAAAAACCACCCAUCUAACGAGUUCGUAGAAGCUUUCCUCCGAAGCCAGAUCCAAGCUGCUCUACGCACUCGCGUUGGUCGUACGUGGCCAAUGACCGAGUUCUGGGGAGACAAGAUCAAGGCGGAUCGAGACAUCCUGGACAGGUUCAGUCAGCCAAUUCUUGUCGAGGCCCUCCGGAAGAAGGAUCUCGAGAAUACAGGCGCCGGCACUGAUCGUGACUACGGAGAUUCGCUGUUAUCGCAUCUUGUCCAUCAUACUCAAGAUAUCAACGUUCUUAAGGAUGAGCUUGUAAACCUCCUAGUCGCGGGAAGAGACACGACCGGAUGCACACUCACUUUCGCCUUCUAUAUGCUAGCUGAGCACCCCGAAGUCGCUCGUCGCUUGCGUCAAGAGGUUUUUGAGCAAGUCGGACCAACGAAUCGCCCAACAUACGACAAUCUUCGCGAUAUGAGAUAUCUAAGGGCUUUCGUCAAUGAGGUUUUGAGAUUGUAUCCCCCAGUCCCGUUCGAUAGUCGGACAACCACGAAACCGGCUGUCCUAACAUCGAAAGCCCCUGGAUCAAAGCCGUACUAUAUCCCUAAGGACACUAGAGUCCUCUAUGGCGUCUUUAAUAUGCAUCGACGAACCGAUCUCUGGGGCCCUGACGCGCUUGAGUUCGAUCCCGACCGAUUCCUGGACGAGCGCCUGCACAAGUACCUGACACCGAACCCGUACAUCUUCCUACCCUUUAAUGCGGGGCCACGGAUAUGCCUUGGCCAACAGUUUGCGUACCACGAGGCGUCCUUUUUCCUCGUCCGUCUCUUACAGCAAUUCACAAACUUCCGUCUCGCACCCGAUGUACAACCUCCCGAGAGCAAACCGCCCGGGAGCUGGGCUGCGACCGAUCGGCCAAAGGCGAAGGAGAAGAUCAUUCCUGGCACUCAUUUGACGAUGUAUGUCAAGGGAGGUUUGUGGGUGCGAAUGGACCCACUGAAACCCGAAGGUCCGGAGAUGGCCUGA